CCUGCGGCCCGCGGAGGAGCGAGGCCCGAGGAGGAGGAGGAGGUCCGGCCCGGCCCGGCCCCGCAACCCCGCCCGGCUCAGCCUGGGCCAGACGAGCCCCAGAGACUAGCCCGAGCCCGAGGCGGCCGGAGGACGAGGCCCACAGCAGCGCCAUGGCGGAGCAGACCUACUCGUGGGCCUAUUCCCUGGUGGAUUCCAGUCAAGUGUCAACAUUUCUGAUUUCUAUUCUCCUCAUUGUCUAUGGCAGCUUCAGGUCCCUUAAUAUGGACUUCGAGAAUCAAGAUAAGGAAAAAGACAGCAACAGUUCCUCUGGGUCUUUCAAUGGCAAUAGCACUAAUAAUAGUAUCCAAACUAUUGACUCCACCCAAGCACUGUUCCUUCCCAUUGGAGCCUCUGUCUCCCUUCUAGUCAUGUUUUUCUUCUUUGAUUCUGUUCAAGUAGUCUUUACAAUAUGUACAGCAGUUCUUGCAACGAUCGCUUUUGCUUUUCUUCUUCUCCCGAUGUGCCAGUAUUUAACACGACCCUGUUCACCGCAGAACAAGAUUUCCUUUGGCUGCUGUGGACGUUUCACUGCUGCAGAGCUGCUCUCCUUUUCCCUUUCUGUCAUGCUUGUCCUCAUCUGGGUUCUGACUGGCCAUUGGCUCCUCAUGGAUGCUCUGGCUAUGGGCCUCUGUGUGGCCAUGAUUGCCUUCGUCCGCCUGCCAAGCCUCAAGGUCUCCUGUCUGCUUCUUUCGGGCCUUCUUAUUUAUGAUGUCUUUUGGGUCUUUUUCUCAGCCUACAUCUUCAACAGCAACGUCAUGGUGAAAGUGGCCACCCAGCCCGCCGACAACCCCCUCGACGUGCUCUCCCGGAAGCUUCACCUGGGACCCAACGUGGGCCGGGACGUUCCUCGCUUGUCUCUUCCUGGGAAACUGGUCUUUCCGAGCUCCACAGGCAGCCACUUCUCCAUGCUGGGGAUCGGAGACAUCGUGAUGCCGGGGCUCCUGCUGUGCUUCGUGCUCCGCUACGAUAACUACAAGAAGCAGGCCAGCAGCGACUCGUGCGGGACUCUGGGGCCAGGGAACAUCUCCGGCCGCAUGCAGAAGGUCUCCUACUUCCACUGCACCCUCAUCGGCUACUUCGUAGGUCUGCUGACCGCCACGGUGGCAUCUCGCAUCCACCGGGCUGCCCAGCCUGCCCUCCUCUACUUGGUGCCGUUUACCUUAUUGCCGCUCCUCACGAUGGCCUACUUAAAGGGUGACCUGCGCCGCAUGUGGUCUGAACCUUUCCACUCCAAGGCCAGCAGCUCACGAUUCCUGGAAGUAUGAUGCAUCCGCCAGAAAGUGACCAGAGCCUGCCGCGGUCCUCCUCCCUUGACUCAUUGGUGGUUUUGUUCCCUCCCAGAGCUGUCCUGGCCCUCCGAGGUCCUGGCCUGGGCCGCUAGUCUGACCUGACUUUGCAUUGACGAGGGGGCCAAAGCCCAGAGACCCCUUUGGUUCCUUCCUCCUGCACUGGCGGAGUGGGAGCCUCUUGGUGAAGCUUCCGUCCUCCUCCUCUGUUUUUAUGGACCUGCCUGCCUGUCCCCGUGGCGGGGGCGGCGGGGCCUGGACGGCGACAGAGCCGUCCGGGAGUCGCGGACCGGACCUUCUUCAGGGAAGCCUCCUGCCCUCUAGGACCGAGUUCCCACACAGGACUCUCAGAGACCUGAGACAGACGCUCUUCUGUCCCAAGAAUCUUUUUUGGAUUGAUUAAAUAUUUUCUGUGGUGUAAAGCGACUUAUUAAAUCCACAGACACACAUGCAGUGACUUCUUCCAGUAUCCAUAUAAGAAUUGGUUGUAAUGAAUUCCAUUUCCACCCAGAUGUCGUGUUGGUGGUGAACAAGGGCACGGUUUUUAUACAUGUACGUGGGUGCGCGCGGGCACCGCUCUAUACAUAUAUUCACACGCAGAGGUGUGUGCGUGUGCUCUCACACACGCACACACACACGAACAGAGAGGAGGAGGCCUGCCACGCGCGUGCCGCCCCACACCGGGGCUCGGCAGCGGCUCCGCAGGCAGGCUCGGUCCGGACGAUCCCCUCAGUGUAGCAAACAGGGAAGCCGCCGUCGGGCCCCCGCGGGCCCCCUCGUUUUCCUUUUCACGGAGCUCUCCUUAACCUCUCCCGUUUUGUAGUCGUCUCUUCCUAAACCAGUGCAUGUAUCAUAGCAGCAGGAGUCUGUGCUUUCUGAUCAAGUGAUGUACCACGUGUAAAUACAUUUUUUCUAUUUUCUAUUUUUUUUGUAUUUUUGGCAUUUUGUUUCAUUAGUAUUCUGUAUUUUCCAUGCCCUCGCUCCUUUAAAAAAAAAGGCAAAACCAAACCCUGUCUUUUGCUGUUGUGACGAUGGUCCGAGUUUACCUGCUGUGACAGCUUUGUCCCUGGGACGCCUCUGGUAAAAUGUGGACUUUUCUAA